UAAGUAAGUUAUAGGAAGUAAGUUAUUUCAUGUUGAAGUUCUUUAUUUAAUUAUAAAAACAUUGUGCCACUUUAGUUAGUUUUGUUAUCUUUUGUAUACAGGGUGUAAUAAAAAUGGUUAAACUGAGUUUUUGUCGUGGGUCACAUGGGAAAGUCGUUAAUUCAAUGUCAUUUAAAAUUUUAAUUAUGGUAUUAAACACUAAAAAAACUGCCAACUGUUUGUUUUAUAUAUUUCAAAUGCCCCUGGAAAAAGGAUGAAAAAAGUCCUGGAAAACCCUGGAUUUUUUAAAUUAUGAAGGUGUACGAACCCUGUAUAAAAGGACUUGCAUCACGACUCUCUUCUGUCAUAAAGUGUAGGUAGUUCGAGUUCUGUUAGACUUUGGCUGUACCACAAGGAAGGGCAGAUAACUUUAGUUGCACGUCGUUGGACAUUUUUCCACAACCACCAUGUUGUUAAGGGAAAAUGGAAGGUGUCAUGUAAUUUCUAUUAACAUGUAAUAUAUUGUUGUGUUUCGUUGGGACGUACUUUAUGUAAGAACAAUAUAAUUUAACUAAGACGUAAUUACGAGAGCACGAGGGAGAAUGUAAGGAGUUGGAAAGUACAGUGUUUGCUUGGAAGGAUUAUAUGUUGAAGUGUUCAUACCAAAUGUUUUUAUUUAUUAUUGUACUGAUUGUAAGCAACUGAAUAAAUACAAAAUACAACUUUUGUGUGUAUUAUCAAACUUUUGCAACAUAGUGGUCCUAUUCGAACCAGAUUUCAUAACACGUCGCUAAUCGAAGGAAUUCACGUAAACAUGGACAAUCUGUCGAAGUUCUUACACACAAGAGGAAGUCACAGAUUUUACAUAAACAAAUUAAUGGCAGAUCUCGAGGAGAAAAUCGGUGUAUUUAUGGAACUGGCAACAAACAGGUUAUUACAGAGCUUUGACAAUUGAAAAUAACAUUCCAUAAAAGGAAAGAUACUUUGGGGCACAUUGACGAACAUAUACUCGAUUUACUUUGUUGGAACAAAGACAUAUCUGAUGAGGAAAUCUUGGCAGAAGCCGAAGAUGCUGGGAGAUUCAACGCUAAAAUGUUAGAUGCUACAUUGGCAAUCGAGACAGCAUUAAAUAUGACAGUAAAACUGACAGAAACAGUACCAACAACUAGCUCAACACCGUCGACAAAUCAAGUCGAAAAUACAGAAUCUGUGACACAAGCAAGUGGCAUAACAGAGCCUGUGACACAGGAAGCAAAACAUGGAAGCCAGUGAACAAAUUCAACAACAAGUGCCAAUUCCGCCAAGUGGCAAUUCCGCCAAAAAGACGAUUAGCCCCUACCUUGUAUUUUUUUGCUUCUACAGCAGAGUACAGAACAAUCGGCAAUCUUUUGGAGUCUCUGCAUCAUUUGUUUGCCUGUGCGUGAGAGUCGUGUGCCGUGCUAUUACUAAACAAUUGGCCAAAGUGAUCAAUUUUCCAAAAGGAAACCAACUCCUGGAAGUGAUUGAGGGCUAUGAGAAAACAUGGGGUUUUCCAAUGUGUGCAGGGGCUAUUGAUGGCACACACAUACCAAUCCUUGCUCCAUGGGAAAGCCAUGUAGAGUAUGUUAAUCAAAAAGGCUAUCAUAGCAUUCUAAUGCAGGCUGUGGUCGAUUGCAAUUACCUCUACAGGGAUGUUGCGAUUGGAUGGCCUGGGAGUGUUCACGAUGCUCGCGUUUUUUCCAACUCGGAAAUUUAUAAGAACGGCAAUGAGCAAAACCUUUUCCCAAACGACCUAACAGAGGAGAUAAAUGGAGAUGAAAUCCCACCGUUCAUUGUGGCAGAUCCAGCUUAUCCACUCUUUGCCAUGGGUUAUGACAAGAAUGCACCUAGGCGUGUACGGGGUUUGACUAUCGACUGAGUCGUGCCAGGGUGACAGUGGAAAAUACUUUCGGCAGAUGGAAAGGAAGAUUUACUCGAUUUUCUAAGCAAGUUGACAUGGAGGUAGCAACCUUGGUGAAUGUCACAUAUGCGUCUUGUAUUUUGCACAAUGUAUGUGAGCUUCAGAAGAAUGACUAUUUGCCAUGUUGGGAAGAAAACGAAGUUGUCCAAGAGGUGGAGGAAGAAAUCGAUGAUAACGUACUACCUGAUGCUCACAAUAUUAGUGAGACAUUGGCAAAUUAUUUCUCAGCAUGAUAACUCAUGCGCUAUCUGAAAAGCGUGUAUACUUAUAUACUGCUUCAUGUAGAAAAAACUUUUUUACCAAAGGUUAUGUGAUAUGUAAAAUAGGUGCACAGAUACAGUUCUAUGCUAUAGACUAUUCCACAGUUUAGCCCCUCUAUGGAUAAGACUUUUAGAGAUAUUCAGUCUUAGGUUUGAGCAAUGCAUAACUAUAAGUCACUGAAUGAUGUUCUUACCACGUAUUGAUGUUUUUUAAACAAACAACAGCAAAAUGUUAUCUACUUGUUUCUAUAAAUAAUAUUAAUAAAGUGAAAACGUUCAACAAGUUCGUACUAAAGAUUUCUCGACAACGUAGGGUAUCGGACGGCGUGACCAUGAUCUAUAUACAAAACAUCGCACGUCAUUGACCGAUGAUGCUUCUGAGCGAGCUGUGACUGACGCAAAAAUACCACGUCAAUGGCGUCAUCCAUCUAGCCUCUAAUGACCAUUACUAAAACUGUCUGUACCAGUGUAGGUAGUACCAAUGUGAAAAUGCUGUGCUGAGUGGUUAUAUUACUACCUGAAAUGAACAAGCAGAAACUCGACGUUUCGAGCGAAGACCCUUUGUCAAGAGUGAGCACAGCAUUUUCUAAUGACCAUUGUGCUCGACCAAGAAAAAGAAUGAAUUAACUCAGAUCAUUAUAUACAAAUUUACAACAGUUAAUAAAACUUUUCUAUACACCUUAUUGUAGUUAAUCCUCUGGUAUGGAUUUCGGUUAAUGUCGUUAUAGCAUUGAAAGAUGUUACCAUCAGACUCAUUUCAGUGAAAAAGUACUAUAUAUCUACUAUAUUUCCACAAUUUAACAUUUUUGUUAACAAAAUAAGAACUGUAAAAUCUAAGUAUUGACAAUGACCCAUUUAAAUACUUCUGAUGAUCUGAUGUAGUUAUCCAUCUGCAUUGCAAAGUCGUCUCUGUCAGCCGCGCCGCUUGAACAAGUUACCAGCAUUGACUGGAAAUUUCAAGUUAUACCGAACCGUUUAAUAAACGAGAAUACGAUUUUCUAAUGACAAAUGUAUUAACAAUUAUAUUCCCUCGCAACAGCACAUAUUUUAAACAAGCAUAUCAGAAAUAAUAGACACAAUUUUGUAUUUUGGAAGAGCGUAAAAAUACAUGUCUCCUUGUCACAGUUGCUUGGGGUAUAUAUAUUUAUGGGUUUAAAAUAACUUGUUACAUAUUAAAUUAAAUGAGCUUUAAAUCAAACAGCACAACUAUGAAUGUUCUCCCAAUGAAAAUGGUACAAGGAGAAACAGGGGAAAUGUCUUAAAUUUAUUUAAUUGCCACACAGGUUAUAAAGACGAGCUUCAUUUCUUUGAUACUACUGCAUGGCCAGAAUUGAUUGAUGUUGAUAAUCAUGUGAAAUAGACACUUCCCGAAUUUGCUUGAGUGCACACGAAACAAUAGCUUGGAAUCGAGGCGGACAAUGUAAUCCAUUGGAAAACUAUACUUAUUUCCAAUGGAUUACAUUGCCCGCCUCGAUUCCAAGCUAUUGUUUCGUGUGCACUCAAGCAAAUUCGGGAAGUGUCUAUUUAAGCUGCAAGAAGCAAGAAAUGCCAUGGAAAAGACAAAGCUGAAAUAUAGCUUUGCUCCUGCAUACAAAAAUGCUAAGAGAAAACGUGCUAGCUAGGGCAAAAUCUCAGAAAAAGUUUCUGAAUGUCUGCAUACUGAAAAUGAAGUGGACGGGAUUGAAGUCGAUAUCGAUGAGCUAGAAGACAGUGAAUAUGAAACUGAUGAAGAUGCCAUUAAAUAUUAAUUUAUAAAGGGUGAGAUUUUAAUUUUUGUUGUAUUUUAUAUCAGUAUUAAAACUAUAUUUAUGUGGUCACAUAUACCUUUGGUUACCAGGCUUCUUCAUCAAAAAUGCACUGGUGUCCUAAAGAUCACAGUAUAAGGGUAUCAUAUGACCUCAGGCUGUUACCAACAAAUGAAAGCCAAAUGAUGCAAUAGCAUCUAUUGGCAAGUCUCCUAUUGUCACCUGCCCUGCCUGGCUUUUAAUACGAUGGCAGGGGUGCAUUAUAUACAUAUAUAUAUUUUUGAACAUUUUUUCAGCAGCUACAGAAAUUCAGUAUUACACAACAAACUACAGAAGCGGAAGUGUGCAGGUAUUUCUGUUUUGACUGUAAAUAUUUUGUAGUUUACAUUUUUCAUGGGUUUGCUUAAUAAUUAAUGGGGUAUCUUUUAAGUACUAGAUAAAACAUGAGCACAGCCGACGCUCAUGUUUUAUCAUGCUUAUAAAAGGACCCAUCUAAUUAAGAUUUUAUUGGCUAAGUAUUUUUUAAAACUAGAAAUACAUGCAUGCAGUAACCCCUUGCCAAUAUUUCCAUACAUUAAACAUGAAGUAUUCAGAAAUGACCAGCACUGAACGCAGGCUCGCACUCAAGUGUUGCCAUGACAACACGAUAUUCUUAAAUUUUUAUUUUCAUAAUUAUUUUGUACAAAACUGCAAAAUAGUUGAAAGAUUCGUACUUUUAACUAUACAACAAUAAUUUUCCGAAAUACAUACUGUAGGUAUAUUAUUUUGCAUUUUGUGAGCUCAAAAUUUAAUGUAAAAUCUAACUUGAAACGCUUUGUAAAAUGUUUUGAAAUGUUCAUUCAAGUAAACCUACAUUUUGCCGAUAAACUAUUUUUACUUAACAAAACAUGAUAAGUUUAAUACAAAUAAAAUAGUUAGGUAAUUUCAGUUCAGUCUCUAAAUCAAUUUGUUCGCCUUCACAUGUUAAGAUUUUUUCUCAAAUUAAACGGUAAUUUAUGAUACUUAGAGCUUCUAUAGUUCAUGUUUUUUAUUACGUAAAAGUUAAAGCAACAAAAUUCGUAGACAUUUUAAAAAUAUUCAAAGCAAACUUGCCGUAUAUUUCACGGUUUCCUGUAGUAAACCAAUUCUUCUCAUUUCUUCAAACAAAAUUGCUUCAAGCUUGUUGUAUAUGAAACGAUUUUCCAAAUAUGAAAUCUUGCUUGCCAUAUUUUUGAGAUAAGGAUGACCACCCACUCAAGAUCGUCGUUCGUUGGUCAGAGCCCGCGAUGUGCGUUCGCGAUAUGCGUUCGUUGGUCAGAGCCCGGACUUCGCUAAUGCUUUCGUUUCCCCGGGUGUAAAUAGCCGGGGGGAAUUAGUACCCUCGCACGGCACGAAGCACCGUCGGCGCAGGGAUAAACAUUGUCUAAUAAACAUUGUUAAUGAGUUUUAUAAAUUAUAUUACAAAACUGAAGUGCAACUGUUAAAAAUAAACAUUGUAUAAAAUUAAUUCAGUUAUGAUAUAUAUAUAAGUCUUAUUAAACAAACUUGAACUUUCACAUAACAUGUAAUUAAAGCAGAUUUUUUCCUAAAAAAUUGACCAAAAUUUGGAAUAGUGUUUGCCUCUGGUGGAAGCGGGGCCUUCUCCGGAAAUGCACGAAAUGGUAAAUAAGGUUUACAAUUGUGUCUUGCUCGAUAUUUUUUUGUUCAUUAUUCUUGCACAAUAUCAUGGGAGGAUUCUACCCCCCACCCAUCAAAUGGUCUGUCCAGCCUUAACACAGUCAUAUGGUCAGCUGGUAGUGAACAAAGAAUAUGUUGCAGACAAUUUGUGGUCUAAUAUUGGCAAUUGACAUCUAAUUAUCAUCCACACAAAAGUUGCCUAUUAUUGUCAGAGCUUUAAAUGUUGUGUACUAUUUGCGCAGAUACAUGUACGUCUGGCGUACCAAUGUUUCAUGGAAAACGACGCUUCAAAAUGGAUGAAAUCAUUAGGCACCAGUCAUUUCACCAAAGCUGGUUUUCAAAUAGCAAUUUGUUUCACCCAAAUUGACUUUUUUUGUUUAAAACCAAUUAGUCAGCUUCUUGAUAUGUAUUUCUUGCUUUUAUAUUUAUUUGGUUACAUAUUUCCACUUCAAUGAGAAAUUUAAAGUAAGGCUAAGAUUUUGUUUUGUUCUGGUCCGAUCCACUGCUUAUUAUCCAGAGUGGAAAUGCACAGAUUUUGUUUUGUUCUGGUCUGAUCCGCUGCUUAUUACCCGGAGUGGAAAUGAGCUUUUACUGGAAAUCGCUUGUACCAGAUUGAAAAAAAAUCUGUUAGAAUAAGCGAUUUCCAGUAAAAGCUAAUUUCCACUCUUGAUAAUAAGCAGUGGAUCGGACCGGAACAAAACAAAAUCUGUGCAUGUGCCAUCAGUAGAAAUUUUUGGUUCCAAUUGAUCCGGCAACAUUGCUGGCCCGGAUAAUAAAAAUUUUUGGUCCGGUCCGUGGAUUAAACCUGGCGACCAAUCAAAAUGCUGUAAUAUCUCACAUAAAUAAAAUAAUUAAAUAAUACCUGUAUAAAAGUUUCAAGAUGCAGGAUAACUUAGGAGCUGCUGAGGAGAAUUCAAGGGAAAAUUUGCAAGAAGUGGAGAAUACAACAGCUCCUUUGAUACAGCAACCCACAGCACUACCACCUCUGCUGCAAUACAAGGAUAUUGCUGCCUGUUGUGUACAAAUUUAAGAUCGAGCAUAAAAUGUUCUGAAAAAUACUUGUAAAUAAGCAAUUAAGUGAAGUACCAGAACCCAAAAUUGAAAUAUGGAUUAUGGUAUUGCUAUUGUGUUGAUGAUAUAACACACAAUUAUUUGUACAAAUAUUAAAGGCCAUAUAAAGUCUGUAAUGUAAACAAAUGCUUUGUGUACAUUUUGAACUCAGUGCUACAGUUGUAAAAUAUGAUUAUGUGUAUAUUAUCCUGAAUUUUUAACACUCUUCUAUUUCGCUAUUGUUUGUAAAUGAAUACAGACUAGAGAUCAAUUCAAGAAAGUUCGAAAGGUGAAAGAAAUAUUAACAUUCCAUUGGUCGGGUCCCGACCAUUGGAAUGUAGGCCUGCGCAGAACAUAUGCACAGAACGAACUUUACAUGGUCUUUAAAAUAUAAAUUUGGAAUGGAUAAAAUUAUUAAUUAGCAAUGCACCCCAGGUGCUCCCCAAUCCUCAGCUAUAUUAUUCUGUCUUAUGCCAGACAAUUUUCCUUGUCAGUGUGAGAUUUUUUCCACUUAAUGGUAAAUACAUGUAUGUUUGUCAUUGUUGUUGAAUAUGUUAUUUUGCAUUUGCAGCUGAGGUAAUCAAGGGUUAAAUUGGAAAAAUUAAAGGAUAACCACAGAAAAUGUCUUAAUUUUUGGCUACAAGAUCUGGUGCUGGAACAAAAAAUCACCCAUGUGCAAUUUGUUUGCAUAGCUUUUUCGUUUGCGAGACACUUUUCUCAACCGAAAAACUGAGAGCAACCUCAUACCUCAACCAGGAAGCAACCUACCUCAACCUCAAAACGUUGACUUUAGUGUACCUGUUGGUGAUAAUACCAAACCUAAGCUUAAUUUCUGCUAAUGAACCACCUACAACAUCAGCACCCUCACAACAUUUUGCUAGCCCAUUUAAAAAGCAGGAGUAUGAAAAUAAUAAGAGAAAGAAAGCAAACAACAUACAGCUUGGAAUUGAUGCUUUACUUGUAAAAACCCUCGAUAUGGAUUCCUCUUCUGAGCGUAAAGAUAUGGAUUCCUCUUCUGAGCGAUCUCCAAAACAAGCAUUGACAUGGGGCCAGUUGUACGAAAGGUGGAUAAAUUGCUAUCCGGUGGAUAAGUCCCUAUCCAGCGGAUAAAUUUUAUCCGGAGUGAAAAUCGCACUGUACGAAGCUUGGAUAGCGCUAUCCAAUGGAUAAAAUGCACUAUCCAUUGGAUAAAUUUAUCCAAGGUCCGGAAGUAGUUUAAAUCCACUAUCCAGCAGAUAAACUAAAGUUUGAAGACAAAACAAUGUGUAUUUCACUUAAAAUUGAUUGCUAUUGUGAUAGAAAUGGACUAAUAGUUUAGAAGUCCCUUUCUUGACACUAUAAAAUAAACAUGCAAAACUUACUUUGUAUGACUAUCGUCUUUUGGGGCAGCUGCUCUUCAUACACCAAGCUCACUUUGACUCACUAGCCCAUUACUAAUAAUGCCAUGGCUUUGCCAUAUUUUAUGCAGAUCAGUGUCAGUGCUUAGACGUUAAGUUUUCUGGCUUUAAUUUCUUUAUUAUAUAGCUUGAAAACAAGCAAUAAAACUUUCAUCAAAUAAGUUCCCUUCAACGGCAAACAAAUAUAGCUACAUAUAAUAGACAACGAGGCGCCGAAAGUCGAAAACUUUUGUUCACUGCCUUGAUUAGCCAAUCAAAUCUUGCGAGAAAAUGUUCUUAAAAUGGGCCAAUUGCGGAAUUGCUAAGCAUCAUGGUAGUUUAGUUACACAGCAGAAUUUUUCAACAUGGCGCUUACACUUUUCGAACGAGGGAAGGUGCUAAACACAUGAGAAUUGCAAGAAAACUUUCAUCAUUUUCGCUUUGAUUAAAGUUUUGACGAAAUCUGUACGACUUGUUUCAUAUUUCUACUGCGUCUUGGGCUUCUACGAGCGAGUGUGGUUAAAAUAUUUAAGAUGGCGUACAGAGGCACUGAAGUGGGGAAGGAGUUCGAUUCGUAGGAGUCAGGAACAAAUUUUUGAAUAUUUCACAAUAUAAAGGUGAGUACUGCAUUAAAUUAUUUUCUAGGUAAGCAACACGUUGUGACUUAUUGUUUCCCUAAAAAUUUCAACGAUCGGUUUAAUUCUAGCGACUUGAGAGACAAAAAUGUUUGCACACUUGACCGCCUCAAAACAACACAUGUUUGAUCAAAUGUUCUUCUCACAAAGCAAAACAUUAGGUUGUUUGGUGCGAAAAAUAAAAACAGUUACUGUUUGAAAUACCGAGCUUUCACAUUUCAAAGAUUUAAAAAGUACUAUUCACUGCUGUUCAAGUGUCUUAUUGGAGUUUUUUAACUACAACAUAUUUACGCGAGUCAAAUUUGAAACAAACUCCUUGUUUCGAGUAUAUUUUGGCAAGUUUCGAGUAUAAAUCGGCUAGUUCAAUAAACAUGCCUGUUGUAAUUUUAGUUACCAAUUUGUUGGAAACUGGUGCAUACCCUGGACCAACCACAAACGCCUUUGCUGGGGCUGGAUACCCGCUCGUAGAAGGUAAAAGACUCCCUGUUGGUAAGGCCAAACUGGAGGGCAGACAAUCUAAGGAUGUGCUGUCACCACCCUCCGUCCAAGAGGGCCUAACUAGACCAUCACAAUGCGGUGGCUGAGACACAAACGAAGGGGUAGAAGCCGCAACAUGUGGCUGUGCGUUGUCUAACGUGCAAUAUGUAGAUAUAAAUGACG